AUGAGCCAUCCACAAGACGAAGUCCAUCACCAUUCCCUAGAAGACCCCGAAUCUUUCUGGGCUCACCAGGCGGAACAGCUCUACUGGCACAAGAAGCCUGAUACUGUAUUCACGAAAGCCACCAAGACUUUGAGAAGUGGCGCAACACAUCCGCACUGGGAUUGGUUUGAUGGCGGCGAAAUUUCAACAUGUUACAACUGUGUUGAUAGACAUGUACUAGCUGGCAACGGAGAUUAUCCGGCCAUCUUUUAUGAUAGCCCGGUCACUAAGACGAAACGGACCAUCACUUAUAGCCAGCUUCUCGACGAAGUUGAGGUGACAGCCGGCGUAUUGAGAGAUGAGGGAGUUAAGAAGGGUGACGUUGUGCUAGUGUAUAUGCCUAUGAUUCCAGCAGCUUUGAUUGGUAUUCUAGCAAUCAAUCGACUCGGUGCAGUUCACGCAGUUGUGUUCGGUGGUUUCGCAGCAGCAUCUCUGGCUCAGCGUAUUGAUGCGUCGAAACCUGUUGCCAUUCUCACAGCUUCGUGUGGUAUUGAUGGCAACAAACCCCCAAUCGCUUAUAAGUCGUUCAUAAGGGAGGCUGUUGACCUUUCAAAACAUAAGCCCGACCGCGUUUUCGUAUGGCAACGGAGUGAACUGCGCUGGGAUCCCUUAAACAAGGCGGCUGGGGAGCGAAACUGGUUCAAGUUGGUAAGAAGCGCUCGGGCCAGGGGGGUUAAGGCAGAUUGUGUGCCUGUCAAGUCAAGCGAUCCGAUCUAUAUAAUAUACACCAGUGGCACGACAGGUUCACCGAAGGGGGUGGUUCGCGAUGCUGGAGGUCAUGCCGUUGGCCUUCACUUGUCGAUCAGCUAUCUAUUCGGUAUCCAUGGCCCAGGAGAUGUAAUUUUCACCGCUAGUGACAUCGGCUGGGUCGUGGGCCAUUCGUUCAUUAUCUAUGGACCUCUUCUUACUGGUGCCGCAACCGUGCUGUAUGAAGGCAAGCCUAUAGGAACUCCAGAUAGUUCUAGUUUCUGGCGCAUCAUCCAGGACUACAAAGUUAACAGUCUAUUCACGGCUCCUACCGCAUUGCGAGCGAUCAAGAGGGACGAUCCACAGAACAGGCAUUUGAAGAGAAUUGGCAAUCUAGGCGGCCUGAAGUCACUCAAAGCAUUGUUUCUGGCCGGCGAAAGGUCGGAGCCAUCGAUUGUCACCAUGUACCAAGAAUUAUUACAAAAGUACGGAGCGUCGGGGGCUACUGUCAUCGACAACUGGUGGUCGUCUGAAUCUGGAUCUCCUAUUUCUGGGGUCAGCUUGAUUCCACAUGCCGGAAAGGACAGAAAUACGGGGAUGAGGAACUACACACCUUUGGGCAUCAAGCCUGGCAGUGCUGGCAAACCCAUGCCUGGGUUUGAUGUCAGAGCUGUGGACGACCAAGGAAACGAGGUGAAAAGGGGGAAGAUGGGCAACAUUGUAAUGGCUAUUCCUCUAGCCCCAACAGGCUUUCGCACGUUAUGGAACGAUGAGGAAAGGUUCUUCAGGAGCUAUCUGAAAAGAUUCGAGGGAAAAUGGAUUGAUACAGGAGAUGCUGGCAUGAUCGACCCAGAAGGGUACAUCAGUAUUAUGAGCCGAAGCGAUGAUCUGAUUAACACAGCUGGGCAUCGGCUCUCCACGGGUGCCAUUGAACAGGCAAUCACGAGUCAUCCGCUCGUAGCUGAAGCUAGUGUGAUAGGAAUCCCCGACAACCUCAAGGGACAAUUACCUUUCGCCUUUGUUACACUCUCAGUACCGGACCAUCCCUCUUCUGCCAUACCAGACAAAAGCCUUGUUGACGAGAUUCAGAAGCAAGUCCGCACCCAGAUUGGUGGUAUAGCGACUCUAGGUGGUAUAAUUCAAGGAAAAGGGAUGAUACCCAAGACCAGAUCGGGUAAGACGCUACGGCGAGUUUUGAGAGAGCUGGUGGAGAACGCUGUACAUGAUGAAUUCGAUAAGGAUGUGGCAUGGCCCGCGACUAUUGAGGAUGUCUCUGUGAUCGAUGUUGCCAGAAGUAAGGUGGCGGAAUAUUUCAAGGAAAGAGGCAGAGCCCAUCAAGCGAUUGAGACGCGCGCAAAACUGUGA